AUGCUACUCUCCGAUAUCAUCGAACAGUUGGACGAUUUCCCAUCAGUACGAGACACUGUGGACGCCAAUGCCGUCUUCCGAUUUGUCACAGUCGCCAGCCAUUUUGUAAAAAUUAACCAACGGUCCAUACGAAUUGACAAGUACAACGCGCCAUACGAAUAUCUCAAUUCCGCGCUGCCUCCACCUGCAGUGCCUGGCACGUGGGAGGUUCUAUGCAACGUGCUAUACUCCCAGUUCGCCUCAUCUUACGUGGAACCUGCCGCCCUGAUCCGAGCCCAAGGCCUCAACCGCGAGCCUGGCGCACUUCAAAUUCCAGAACGGAUAUUCUGGCCUCCCUACCGAGACAAAUGUCCCAACGCCGAGUGUGGACGGCGAACCCUGGAAAGAAGGCCCGCCAUAUGUGGAUAUCUUUAUGACCUAGACGGCGUCCAAUCGAUUCGCCAUCAUACAACGUAUUGUAGACAAUGCAAGACCAGCUUCAGGGCAUCAUACUUUUCACACAAGAAAGGACCACGGACCUACUACUUGGACACAGUCAGAAAUGAUCCAGACUGCAUCCAAGUUAAUAUGCACUACUUCAUGACCACACAACUACUUGAAUAUUUUAAUCACACACAAUCCCUAGCGCAUGUCUCUGUAUACAAUCUGGCAACUAUAUACAACAGCUGCCACAAGCUUUCCCAAGACGCCUCUAAUCACUUUCCAGCGGAGACAUUUAAGCCGAGUCUUUCCGACCACUGUUGCACCACGGCAAUGGAUAUUCAUCGUCUGUUACGCCAAUUCAACCUCCGAAACCGCAUGAUGAGCGUCUCUGACUCUGGCGGCUCUCAACAUCGUUUCCGAGAUCCCAAAAUGACCGUUCUCAUGUGGACCGAACUCGAAGGCAGUCCUUACAUUGAUCAUAUGUGCUCAGAAUGCACCGAAAUUCUUGAAGACCCGAAUGUUCCUGGAGGCGGUUUGGCAAUUUGUGCAAUCGCUAUGGACGGCAUAACGAUUGGACAUCCACGUUGUAGCGCAACCAAGGAGCAACUCGUAUUCCUUAAUCCCCUGGACACCAACCCACCACCGUGCACUGUCAUGCUCGAAACACCCAAAGACCGCUAUUGCCCCCUCCACAUUCCUUUGCUAGGCAAACUAUGCCAUGCCCAGCCAUGCACCCGAGACGCAAUUGGUACUACCAAGGCCUGCGACCUAGACGAACACAAAGAGGCCCUCCUAAUCCGUUCUGAGAAGACCCGACGUUCUCUGGCUGCGCUGGCUUUCAACCAAAGAACGGGCGCCAAACUUCCUGAGGACCCAACAGCUGCACUCAACGCCAAUACUGAUGCUUUCAAUGUAGAUGCUUUGAUCGAGCGAGAUGAGUCGGACCGCACCCACGAAGCCGGUCGCGAUGGAGAAGAGACCACCCGGCCCGCCGGAGGAAAGAAGCCAUUCUGUUCAAACGCGAAGACGCAUAACGACAUGCUGUUUGUCGCUACCUGUGGUAUAACGUUAGCUAGGGAGACCAUGUACCGCGCGGAGUCUGUAAUAUUGGUCCGAAAAAUUUCCCGUUCUACCGCCUGUGCAAUUCUUCGAUAA